AUGAACAAAAAGGCUAAUUUUUCUGAUAUCGGACUUAUAAAAAUACUAUCUUUUUUAAAAAUGCUCAAUUUGUGUUUUUCAUUCGAAAUUAUUAUUGCUCAAAAUGAUAGGAAUGAGCUAAAUAAAAUUUGGAUUGAAGAAAUAAAAUAUCAAUUUGAAUCAGUCAUCGAAUGGCAUCAAUGCGAUUAUUCUUUAAUUUCAGAGUGUGUAAACUCGCAUCCAAAUGCCAUAAUAAUUCUUGAUUUAUCGAACAGCUUUCAAAAGCAACUGAGCCUUUCUGAAUUAUGCAAAGAAAAUAAUAAAAUUCAUUUGGUUCCUCAGAAAAAUCAAGAAUUUCUUUACGACGAAUGGACAUAUAGUAUCGUUUCAUCAAACUUAGCCCAAACAGAUGCAUAUUUUGCAGUUUUAGCUUACUUUAAUUGAACUCAUGGACUUGCAAUCACUGAUGGAGAUCAUGCAUACAUCAAGCAGAAAUUUCUAGACUAUUCACAAACUUUUGAUUAUAUAAUUAUAGAAUCUUCGGCAAGCCUUGAAAAGGUAGUAAACAGAGUUAUCAAGCCUUUAGGAGCAACAUUGUAUUACAUUUUUGCAAAUUCUGUCCUCUCGUCAAAUAUUCAGGAGACGUUGAAAUCCAAAAAACUCCUUUCGAGAGGAGAUGGGAUAUUGCUAACCCAAAAUAGCUGCUAUGACUGCAAAAUCAAUGGAGCAAUCAUUGUAACUGUUGCAGGACAAGAACAUGCUAGCUCUCAAGAACAACUUUUGAUUAGUUCUUUAGAAAAUUUAAUUCUGUAUUUAUUAAAUCAAACAGUAGAAACAACAGAAGAACUAAAAGAUUUGCUGAAGAUAUAUAGUCAGAAAAAACAAUUUUCUAUUGUAAAUAUUCAAGACAAUCAAAGAAAAAUAGUUGGAUCAGUUUCUGCUGGAUCAGUAACAAUCUUGAAAGCCUUGAUUUUCCCUGGGAAUACAACUGAUGUGCCCAAGUCAGAUAAAAAGAUUUUGCAUAUGACAGUUUCUGGAGGCUCUUACAACCCUGGAGCUCCUCCUCUUACAGUAGCUCCUUUUUUAUAUUAUGGCGCUUAUACAGCAUGAAGUUUAAUUAAUGAAGGUGCACUUGGAAUUUUAGCACAUUUUCAAAUAAAUUAUUUUAUUUUUGAUUGUGGCGCGGUUACUUAUGAUAAAGAAUUGACACCAGCUUGCUUUGCCAAAGAUAUAGAUAAAUUUGGACUUGCACACAUACCAGCGCCUAGCUCUUUAACGACUAUUGCAGAAAUUGAUUUUUUUAAAAGCUUUAAUUUAACCAUCCCAGUUGUUGGCUCAGAAUCUGAUGAUUAUUCAUUGAAUUCUACAUCACUUUAUCCUCUGUUUACAAGGGUGAUUGUUUCAAACCGCUAUCUUUUAUCGCUGAGUUUGCUUUUAUUUAGAGCUUUAGGAUGAAGAAAAAUUUGUGUUUUAUAUUCAGAUGAUAUAUCUGGGAAAUCAGAAUAUUUAGCACUUAUAAGUACUACAGAGCAAUAUAACAUAGAAAUUCUAAAUUCUGAAAACUCAAGGGCGAUCCCUGCAGAUCUAAAUAGAACUAGUAUAAAAAAUUACUCUGGAACAUUGAAGAAAAUCGUUGAUACAGAUGCAAGACUCCUAGUUUUAUUUUUUAUGCCACCUCCAUUAUAUUAUAUCAUCGAAGAGCUCUAUGAUAUGGGCUUAAGAAAAGGAGAUCUCCUUAUUUUUGUUACAAAGGAAGGAGUAUUUCCAACGAGACUAUACGAUGAUGUUGAUAAAUUAAAGAUUCAGGAAAUUGGAGUUCCAAUGAUAUCUAUUAGUGGACGAAAUUGAGUAGGUAAGGUUGGGGAAUUUGCUUAUUCGCAGAUAUCAUCUAGAUAUAAUGGUCACUCAUUUCCCACCACUUGCUCUAGUUAUGAUGCGGCAUAUUUAAUAGGGAUAGCUUUGGACUACAUGAUAAACCAAGGAUAUGAUUAUACUGAUCCUUACCAAUUAAAUUUAACAAUCAGAGCUCAAAAGUUUACUGGGUGCACAGGAGUAGUUUUCAUUGACAAAGGUAGCAAUGACAGAGUUAUGGAUGCUUUUGAUAUAAUGGCCUGCAAAAUAGAUACAAAUUCUGGAAGUGUAAUAACAUACAAAAUGGGAGAAUUUCGUCCAUUUGGCAGCACAAUGUUGAGUAUCAAAACUCCUCUAAUUUAUGGAGACGGGACUACUGUAAAGCCAGAUGAUCUUAGAAACCAAAUUAAUAAAUGCCCUUUUCAUGACAAUCUAAUAAGGACAUUUGCUAAAGGAAGAAUUAUCGUUUUUUCUAUAUGCUUUAUGUUUGCUUUAGUGUCUUUCGCUGUCACAGCUUACAUAUGAAAAAACUGAUGAAAUAUAACCAUUGAAGAGCUUAAAGUAAAGCAAGAAAUUUCACUGCAAGAUAUUAUUGUCAUGAUAACUAUAGGUAUUGAAUUUUUCCAAUUUGCGGCUAUGGGACCAGAUAUAACCCCAAUAAAUAGCAUCCUAGCAAAAAUUAGUAGCUCUCUUUCUUUCAGUCUGGAAAAUAUCUUUGCUCUCCAGAAAGGGAUAUUUUGAAUUCUAAUAGAUGGAGUCUUUGGGGCUAUUUUAUUUUGGCUAGUUUUAUGCUUAGUUGUUCUACUCAGUUUAGAUGAAAAAUAUCCCAAAGUGACUAUUUUCAGAUUUUUAGCUUGGCUUGCAGACUAUUUAAUGCCUAUCUUAGGCAAUUUGUGCUUUAUACCCUUUGUUUCAAUGUGCUUGAAUGUAUUUAUAUGCGACCAUUCUAUUGGAGAUAACUUUACUGACAGUUUUCUUGCUGCAGACUGUUAUUAUUUUUGCUGAAAAGACGAGCACUUAAUAUAUGCAAUUUUUUCUUUUAUUGCCCUCUUAUGCUAUGAGCCACUAGCUGUUCUGUGCAGGCCUUUGUGGCAAGAGUUACAGCACAUGGUGCAUAUACAUACAGCUCCUCCGUUUUUAAUGGUAAAGACUGUGGUUCAAAUCAUAUUAAUAGUUAUGAAUAAAACAGUUAAAAGGGCUGAUAGCACUAUCCAUGGAGCCCUUUUUGCUGUUCUAAUGGUCGCGUACAUUUUAUUUAUAUUUAGAUAUAAGCCCUAUAAUUAUCCAAGACUAUGCUGGUGGCAAACUUUGAGCUUAAUUGGUGUGGUUUGGCUUUCUGUGAUCUCAACAAUCUCAUCAAAGGUUGAAGGAAACGCGAAUGUUUAUUUUCCUGUAGUGUGCGUGGGAUGAAUAAUAAUUGCUCUUGUCGGAAUUUAUGUGCAAAGAAGAAAAUAUCCCAGUCUUCUGUAUAGAAAAAACUUGGAUACAACUCAUUUAUUCAAGUUCGCAUUUACUUUUGGUAAGCACUCCAAGAAUGCUCUUGCAAAAAUUGUCCCAGAUCGUCGUCCAUCAUCUGUAAAUUUAAUGCCGAAGGACUUUUCAAUUGGAAAGGAAGUUGAUUAA